AGCUAAACGCGAACUCGUUCGUAAGUGGUUUCUUGACGUGGGCGACUGGUUCAAAUGUGAGUUAAAUUUCCCUGAAGAGAAAAUGGAUAUUGCAGUGCAAGGAAGCGUGAGUCCUAAAACAGACCGUAAAAGUCCCCUUCCUUCACCCAAAAGACCUAGGAUAGACAAUACAUUGGCUAACAACGAUACAAGCACAUAUGACCUUCCGGAGCUUUCAACAUCCCAGAUAGUUGAGUCCCCAUCUUUGACCUCACCUAGGGAUGUAGAUCAAAUAUGUGCAGGGCAAAAUGGAAACAUUCCGGACAAGCAAAAAUGUGAUCAAAUUCAAGACACAGAAGUCACAACCCUAAACACACCUGAAGUCUGUGUUACUACUGAGAAAAGUCACGUGCUUCAACUGAAAAAAUAUGAUCAGCUUGACAAGCUCAGCCCAUGCCCAUUAUUAGAGUCUUACACUUUGGAUGACUCCACUCCUGUCAUGUCCGGUCAUCCUGAGUGUCAACUCCUUCAACUUCCUGUUGAAGACAAACACUGCUUGCAUUCUAAAAAUGGAAUUUCUAAUGAUGUGGAAGUCAAACAUCAGUCAGAUUUCUCUCUUGACUCUGACCAACUUGACGUGGUUUUGAAUACUUGUUGUCAGUCUUCUGCCUUUGAUGAGCCUACAGGCAGUGAAAGUGGAGAUGAUUUUACUGAUACUAUCUACCAGAGAGGAGUGAACGACGUCAAUAGAGAGAAUGAUGUGGAAGUCAGACAUCAGUCACAUUUCUCUUUUGACUCCGACCAACUUGACGCAGUUUUUAAUACGUGUUGUCAAUCUUCUGCCUUUGAUGAGAGUACCGGCAAUGAAAGAGGAGAGGAUUUUACUGAUACUAUCAACCAGAGGGGAGUGAGCGAGGUCGAUAGAGAGACAUCUUCUCACAGUCAUAUUACAGAGUUUAAAUUAUUAGUCCCACCGCCUGAUGAGAACAUUCCUGCAAUCUUGGCAGAGGAUAAAAAUAAUGUGGAUGUGUGUGAUAGUCCUGCUGUGUGUGAUUGGGAAACAGACAACCAAGCUAACAAUAAAGGAACCAGGGAAAUCUCUUCUAUUGAAUUUAAAGAAGUGUCCCCUAUCUCUUAUCACACUCCACCAGCCAAGUACAUUGCCACUGAGACAGGCAACCUUGAUGACUUCAACUGGGCAAGAGGAGACCAUGGUGAAACAGUGGCCAAAACACAGAAGGAAGGAGUUGAUCACAUGUCAGAGAAUCACAUGUCUGCGAUGAUCACUGUUAAGUCUGCUGAAAGAGAUAAUGAUGCUGUCCCUUGCAGAGUAAUUGAGCUUGCAGUGUGUAGUGAAACUGUCAGGGAGGCUGAAGGGAAUUGCUGUAACUCAAAGAACGCUGCAGUUGAAGCAUUACCUCCAUCAGUAAUAGUCUCUGAGCUGGAAAUACCUCUUCCUCCCACAUCUGAUGUCAGACUACUAUACCCAACUUUGGAUCAGACAGUUCACUCUCCUUGCCAGAGCAAACCAGAAGAACACGAAGAUGAAACAGAGAAAUUGAUUGAGUGUUGUUCUGUUCCCUCCUCUGGGAAGCACAACACACCUGGCUAUGAAGGCACCUGUCAUCUGACAUCAAGUCCUAGCAUUAGUCCACGUAAGCCUACAAAACCUCUCCCAGCUGGGGAUGGAAGACAACAUAGCUGUGGUAGUUUGGGACAUCAUUUGGAAGAGCAGUCUGGCUGUUCGCCUGUCAGCUGUGACCACCUGAAAGCCCGAGAUGUUGAAAAUUCACUGCUUGGAGCUGACACGAAGAAUAAGCAAAAUGAUAUCAAAGAAAUGAAAGUGGAAAUGAGAUCAAAUGAGAUCGCCCUGAAAGAAGAUAAGCCAAAUAACGAGGACAAGACUGAACUACCACUUAAUGAAGGCUUAAAUGAGGGCACCGAACUAACACCAGGAGAUGAAGUUGAAUACAAACCCCGCUGUUUCUCUGAAUACCAACAAGCAGAGGAAAUACUAGAGUGCAAAGAUGAACUUUUUGCUGUGUCCUUUCCACCAUUUAGUGAUGCAGUGGUCCCUGGUCCUCAUGAAUUAACCCCCAGAACAUCACAGAAGGUAGAUUGUUCCCUGGCACAAAACAGUAAUGACAUAUUCUCACCAGUGCCAUCUGUCUUUGCUACGUACACACGCUUUGACAACUUCCACAAGAUCCAACUGUCACCAGAAUAUGAUGAUGAUGGCCAAAGGAACUGCUGUUCUCACACCAGCUUGACCAUGCAGCUUAUAAAAUCCCCACAAAUGGAACACUUCCAGCUCAAAGCAGAUGAUGAGCAUGAGGAGAGGUCAAAAGUGACAGAGGAGGACCAAAUCAAUGAACAUAGAGUUGAGUGUCACACCGAGGACUUCGCCAAUGAAGGUUUUAACAUUGAUAUCAACUCAAACAAAUUUGGAUCAUGGGAAGACACUGCUAUAGAGCUUCCUAAUAAUGCUUCAGGCAACAACGAGCCACCCCCUGACUCGAUCCAAUGCCUUGAGUUCAAGAUGAAAAAAGAAUUUGACUUAGUGUUAAAGGAACUAAAUCUGUAUUUUGAUAUCUGUAAAAGCGAAAUUGCAAGUAAAAAUGGGACACCUCCUGAGCAGUGUGGUGAUGUGCUGAAAAGUAAAGUCUCUAAUAGCACAACUCACCUCAUCAGCGAAGAACUGGCUCUCCACAGAGAACCAACUUUAGAUCCAGAGGAAGACAGCAUCAAUAUGCAUGUAACAGAACCAGAGGCUUGUCAUAUAACCAGCCAUAGAGAUGAACAGGAAGUGCCCAUUGACUGUGAGAUGUCCACAGAAGCUUCAAGUCUUUUUGCAGAGAAACACAAAGAGCCCCAGCCGACAGAACUGAAAAGGACUGCGUGGUUACCGUCCUUCAUGUAUCCACCUCAAAUGCAGGGACAAAGCCACAUACACACGUGGGAGGCCAAGAGACUGGAGCCUCUGAGGACAUGUAGAGGGCCACUUCGUCUCGGCCUGUCCAAGAGAGCCAAGCCCAGAGGUCUGCAUCGUUUCCAUCCGUACAAAUGAAGACAGACGAGUUCUCAAAUGUUCACAGGGACUAUUUCUAAAUCACAGUUGGUUGCUGCUUUUGAGGUUGUGUGAUUGUUGUGGUAUGUUUUUUUCACACAUGUACUGUAUUUAUUGUCCUGGUCCAGAUAAACAAUACUACUACUGCCUGUUUUAAACAUUUUUCUAUAUAUUUAGAAUUCUUUAAUAAUCCUAUUGAACUGUUAUGGCUUCCAAAUGUCUCUCU